CGGCAGUCAUCAUGUAGAGCACGGAAUAACAUUUCAUGGAUCCUUUCAAAACUGCUGGGAAACUCGUGAUGCCGACGUAGCCAAUCAACAAUGAUGAAUGAGACGGGGCUUCGGAGGAUCCUCCCUGACCAGUCAUCAGGGAGUGGGCACUCCUUUGGCACCCCACGCCACCCAAGCAUCAUUGACCCUAUCCUAUCCAAGCGGGUCUGCUUUUACAAAAGUGGAGAUCCUCAGUUCAGCGGUCUGCGCAUGGUCAUCAACAACCGCACCUUUAAGACAUUUGAUGCACUCCUGGACAGUCUCUCUAAAAAGGUUCCCCUGCCGUUUGGGGUGAGGAACAUCACCACUCCUCGGGGGGUUCAUGCGAUCUAUACUUUGGAUGAACUGGAAGAUGGGAAAUCCUACAUCUGCUCUGACAGCCGUAAGGUAAAACCGAUCAACCUGGCACUGGCCAGGAAGAAGCUGCCGCCCUGGUACCAUGCCAGGCCUGUUAGCUCCCGCCGCCGGACUGUACAGCAGGCCAGGUUUUUCCCCGGCCAGAACAUCCACAAGAAGGAACUGGUGGUUAUGCGCACACCAAAAAGGCUACUGGUUUUUCAGAAUGGUGACCCCAUUGUAAAACACACUGUGGUGCUUAAUAAGAGGACUACACCCACUUUUGAGUCCAUCCUGGAAUAUAUUUCAGAGCUAUUGCAGUUCCAUGUGGUGAAAUUACACACAUCUGAUGGCAGACGGGUGGAUGGUCUUCCAGGUUUGAUAUUGUGCUCUGGGAUAGUCGUGGCUGCAGGCAGGGAGCCAUUCAGGCCUGCAACCUACAAUGUACAGAAAUCACCAGCUCCAACAAUGCUGCCUACCAGUCGAAUGCAUCUCAGAAGACUAAAGGCUUUCAACCGCAAAAAGAAGUCUCUGUCAUAUACUUCAAAGUCAAGAAAGUUCUCUCCCUCAUCUGAGCGGUACAUUGUGAAUCGGAUCCAUGACUCCAUCGCAGAAAGUUCAUGUGACCUGCCCAGUUACCCCACAAACUCUAUGGAGUUGGAGUCAGGUCAUAUGUUGGAGUCAGUAGCAGAAACAGAGGGUGACAUCUGCCUUGGUGAUGGAGCUGGAGGGCAGGACUGCUUGCUGCCCACAGAGGACGACAUUGAGAAGUCCUUUCGAGUUAACCAAGAUGGUAGCAUGACAGUGGAGAUGAAGGUGCGUCUGACAAUUAAGGAAGAGGAAACCAUCCAUUGGACGACCACUCUGACACGCUCAAGUGUAGCCAAUCAGCUUAAUGCGACUUGUUUACCACAGCCUGAAGCAGAACAGGAGAUCAGCUCACUUAAAUCUAAUAUACUGGAUUUACAAAGCCCUGCUGCCUCCAUCGACACCAUCAACAAGGACAAAACUGAGGAUAACAAUGAUGAGGAUCCACCAUCACUGGGCAAUGGAACUUUCAGUGAGAGUGGUAAUGAAGAAGAUAAUGUCAAAGAACAGACAGUGGUGGUGUCCCCUAAGAGAGCUCCUACACCAGGGCACAAGCAAAUUAGAAAAAAGCAAGCAUCUGUGGAGAGCAUAAAAUCACUGACAGCAGAGGGGUUUCAGGAAGGCUACUGCUACAGAGAGCACACAGAACAUGGAGCCAUGACUGAGCAGUACUGCAUGUUCAAACAGAGCAGCACUAAACCAGUGCCCAAACCUAGAAGAUUUGGCUCUGUGGAUGCCAACAAUAUAAACUGCAGAAAUGAAGGCCUGACGACCCGAAAUAUGGAUGAGCUGAACGUAAACAACGUCAGCUGUGCCGAGGCUUUGAAAAUGAUCAGUUCUCUCAGGGAAAUUGCCAGCAUUGAGGAUUCCCACAAGUUAAAAGUUAGUUUGUCAAAUUUGCAGCGGUCAGCUUCAAAGCAGCUCCUGGAAAGCUGGAAGGGCUUUCAGGAGCUCAGCGAAAAAUGCAAGAGUCGCAGCUCAACACCAAAUGGUUCAGAGCAAGAACUCGCAGACAAAGCUAGCCCUGAAAAGGACUGUGACACGGAUGAAAAUGGUAUUGAUGAGAUCAUGGAUAAUCUUGACAUACCUGUGAAGCUCAAGGAGGAAUUGGCCACCCUUUCAGUGGGUGGCAACAGUGGCAAUGAUGAUAAAGAAAAGUUGUCUGCCAGGAUUAGCGAAAAACUGGAUCUGUCACCAAAAGACUCUCAUUUAUCCACUGAAGAUGUUGCUAAUGUUGAUGAUGCCGCUGAAGAUGAGACAGUUAAUGUUGAUGUAAGGUUCAUCAUUAAAAAAUUUACAGACAUUAACCAGCCAAAACAACCCAGUAAGGGUAGUAUAAAAGAGAACGCGAAGCACAAACCAGCUGGCCAGGCAACUAAAGACAAGGACAGCAAAUAUGGGGAGAAUGGUGUGGCCAAAUGUCCACCAGCUGAACCAAAUGAUGAACAGACACACGAAGCAAGGAACCUUCACAGUCCAGUACUGCUUGUAAAAAGGAAUGAGGAGGGUAUGCAGUCUGUAUGUAUGGAUGCAGUAAAUCAAGAAAAUCAGGGAGAGAAAAGUCAGGAGCAAGGCCAUGAUGAAGAGUCAAACCAAGAGGAGGCAAACAUGAAUGGAGUAGUCAACAGCAAGAAAAACCUUGAACAAGACAGUUGUACCUCUGAGGUGGAGGAGAAAGACAUUAAGGUAAAUGAGCUGCAGGUACACAGUGAGGAGAGCAUGAGUGUCCCUGAGAAAGAGCAAACCAAUGAUGAUGAGGCAGGUUCGGAACAGGAAGAGCAGAACAUGUUGAAUGCCAGUGAAGAUUUAGAGCAGAAAGUGAGCUGUGAGCAAAGUGUAUCAAGCUCAGAAGCAGGUGAGCAACAUAGUUCAGAAGAGGAACCAGAAGUUGAAUGUGGGGGAUUGGAACAGGAGAGCAGGGAAAGUGACGACUUGUCCCACCCUGAAAGUCACUCUGAGGAGGAAGAGGAGAAGCAACCAAGCUCCAACUACUAUGUAGAGCUGAAUGUAAGAGGGAAGGGAAGAACAUCCAGCCUAACUCGUCAAAGCGAGUCUUUGUCAGAGGAAGAACAACCUGAGGUUGAAUGUACGGAGCUGAGCAACAAAGACCCUUUGUCUCACCCUGCAAGUCCAUCUAACUCAGACCACGAUGAGUUAUCCUCAGAGGAAGGAGAGCCUGAGGUUGCAUGUAAAGAACUAAAGGUUAUCAUUGAGGAAAGUUUGUCUAGCAAUGAGGAAGAGCAGGAGAGCAUGGGGGACGAUGGACAUGUUAAUGAUGUUCCACGACAAAUAAGAAAGCAUACAGAGUUAAAGACUUUGAUAGAGGAGGCGGAGGAGGACAGGGUCAGCUCAGAUGAUGAGGAGCAGCAUUCUGAUAAAACACAAAUUAGUGAUCAGAUAAAAAGUCAGAACACUGUAGAAGGGGAUCUAAGCAAUUUGAUAGAAAAUCAGGAUCCAUAUACCAAAAAAGACAACAGCAGUUUGGUAAAGUCUGAUAGUUUAGUCAAGCAUGAUAGAUUUAAUGCAGAUGAGGAUAGUGGGAAUGACCACAGCAGCUAUGAAGACCAUGUAGAGGUAGAGCAACCAAAGGUCGAAGAUGAACAAAUUAGCAGCUCAAACGAAGAAGAGCUAAGCUACUAUGAAAAAGAGUCCAACUCAGAGGAGGAACACGCCAAUGUGGACAGAUACACAGAGGAUUAUCAACCAUCUUCACUGGUAACACAGUCAGAAGUUAAAAAAUAUGAAAAGGCUGUAGAACAACUCAAGAAUCCACCUGAAGAAAUAAUAUCCCAGUCUAUCGCAGAGAGAGUAACUCUUCUGGAAAAGCAAGUUGCAGAUGCCCAGAACAGAGACAAAUCAGCACUAAGCUCUCACAUGAGACGUUUCUCACAAAGAAAUGCCCCUCUUGAGUCAGAUCUUGAAGAUUCACCCCCUGAACUGCCCACAUCUGAGUCGUCUCUCGGCACCCGCUCAGCACCUCAGUCAUCAUUAUCUUUCAGCUACGAUUCCAGCGGCGUCGUAACCACGGAACCUGAAGGCAACAGGGUCAGAUCCAUCAGGGAAAUGUUCCUGGCAAAGAGUGCAACAGAUAUCCAGCAUGGACACAGACGUUUCCCAAGCCCCAACACAUCAGAGCUGUCCGAGCUGAGAACAGAGACCUCAGCUAGCGGUGGGUAUCAGUCUCAGACUUCAAGUGAGCUGUCCAGCGGCGAGGAUGACUCAGCACGGAAAUCCAUCACUAAAGGCUUUGUGAGGAGAACAAUUGAACGGCUUUAUGGCAAGAAAGAUGUUAAUCCUGAUGAGGAAGCAAGUGAAAGGCCUCCAUCUGCCCCAAAACAAAAAAAGAAAGACCAUUCAAACAUUUUCUCUCCCUUCCACAUAGCCCGGUCCAAAGCCAUGUCUGAGCUGUCUUACUUCAACUCCACUAACGCACUGGACACCCUCAGUGAAGCAACGCGAUGUGUUGCUUUUAAUGCACAAGUCGGGCCUGGAGACAGCAUCUCCACUGAUAACGGACAAUGGCUCUUUAGAGAGAACACACAGAUCAGAAAGUCUGUUUCAGACCCAGUUGGAAUAAACAAAACGUUAAGAAACUCUCCUGAAGGCGAUGCAACGUGUGAGGAUACUGAAGAGAACACACCGUAUUCCCUUUUCAGCACAAAGUCUGAAGAACUGGAAGACAAGAAGUCAUUUUCAAGGAAGUGCACCUACUUUUCUUUGCCUCAUGCCAGCGACUCAGACGCGUGUCAGGAUGACCUGAGCACAGUUAGCAAGAGCAGCGUGACUGGCGACAGCAUCCUAGAUACAAAGGACAAUCCAGAGGACACCAAAAUGUGGGCAGAGAGGAACGGCACGCUGCCUGGAGUGAGUGUUAGUGACUUCAAGAUGAUGGAUAAUAAAGUGCACCCGCUGAUAGAGCGUCCACCUGAUGGUGAGGUUGUAGUUGCGCAGCCUGGGAGAGGUCAAGGUGUUAUGAACAGAAGGCUUCAGGAGCCCGACAUGUUGGACUUACUGUACAAUUUCUGUGGUCAGAACUGUCCCAUCCUGUGAGGACACUUCUUUUAGCUUUUUAACACACAAUCACAAAACAAGGACUAAGGCUGUUUUGUCCAAAUAACCACAGACUGUUGGGCUGCAGUAUGAUAUAUUGUCUUUGGUGCCUAAUGUUUGACGUUGCCAUAGCCUUGGCAUAAUACGCGAUCAUAUGUCAGCUCAUCUGAGCUAACUCCUGAAUGUGGAGCAAUGUGUCACAGAUGCACAAGCCAAUGGAUUAACCUUGAAUCAACCAUCAUAUUUUACCAUGUACGUUAAUAUUAAGAGCUUGUGAUCGAUGAUUGUCAGUCUGUGCUCCUUGUUUAAUGUGAAAUUAGUGAAUGUGUUUUUGUAACAUCUUGAUUGUGUAUUUGCCAUUCAAGCCACUCCAGAGCAGCUCUUUUCUUCUAAUAGGUUGCCUGUCAACAGAACAAGUACCGAGAGCAUUACUGUAAUCUUGUUUUAAAACUCUUAAAACCGAUCAAGUCCCCGCAGAUGUCAGGCAACAAGGCCAAUCCCCCACUGCACUGAAUGAACGGGUCAGUUUGUGGUUGCAGCUCAGGUGUGGGCUGGAGUCCAGGCCGAAGUCACGUUGUUUCUUUUCUCACAGUCGAAAAAGCAGCUGAACGUGACACAGUUUGUGUGCAGAUUGUAGGAACUGUCAGUGAGUACUCUGUGUGGUGCUUGAUUUAAUGUCGUUUUGUAUAUUGGUUAUGUAAAGUGUAAAUAAGACAUUCACUGAGUUUCACUAUGUUACCAUAGUUUAACACAUAUUUACAAUAACCUGACCUUUAGAAUUAGGAUAAAUGGUUUUCAAU